AUGAAAGUUUUCGCUAUUGCAUCCGUUUGCCUGCUCGUCGCUAGCUGUGCCUGGGCCGCUCCCAGCGUUCAAGAUAACAAAAUCGAUACCGAAUCGACAUUUUCGCGUGCCGCCCGCUAUUUGGGCUCGUGUUUCGAAAGUGAAGAUAUGACCACCUGUUUGGCUGUCAAGGGUAUUACGGCCCUUAAUCGUGCCGCCCGUAGCCAGAAUAUUGAAUUGGUCAAUGGUGUUUCGUUCAAGAGGGAUCCCGCCACAAAUGCCCAACGUGCUUCUCGUGCCAUGAGCGAAAAUGAGGUCUACUCUCAGUUGCCCGAAGAUGCUGAUGAACGCACUGGACGUUUGGUUGAUAUGGCUGUGGAAAGUGCUACUGAUUUCUUGAACACCCACAACUUGGAAGUUAAGAUGCCCGCUGAAGCUACCCAAGAAUUGGCUCGUGCUUUGGAUGAAGGUCGCGGUAAAUUGAAGAAAAUGAUUGGUCCCAUUGCUCUGGCCAUUGGUGCUAAAGUUUUCGCCAUCAUUCCCCUCUUGUUGGGCGGUUUGGCUCUGUUGACCACCAAGGCCAUCAUUGUGGCUAAGCUUGCCUUCUUCUUGGCCCUCUUAGUCGGAGGCUCCAAGUUGUUCGGUAGCAAACUUGGAGGUGGAAUUGGCAGCGGCUACAGCUCUGGCUGGUCUGGUGGCUCCACUGGUGGCUGGUCGUCGGGUGCUUCAUCAUCCUAUCCCUAUGCUCGUAGCAUGAAUGGUGCCCAAGAAUUGGCCUAUGCUGGUCAAGUAAAUGCCCAAUAG